AUGUACCCUAGUACUAAAGAAACAUACGAAGUUUAUGAUGAUGGUAAUAACUCAGUAAGAAAAAAGAGUUGUAAAAAAAUUAGCACAGAUGAAGUUAGAAAGAACAAGGUAAAGGAAGAGCAACAAAGACGUAAACAAAUU